CAUAUAUAAAACAAGUAAUCUAAAAUUUGCUUAAAGAAAUUCCCGGCCCACUCUCAUCUAUACUGUCACAGCCUCCCCCUCCUCCUGUCCCUGACCUAAGCCCCUUCUUUACCUUCAAGUUUCCGACAGACCAGUAAAUUAGAUAAAAGAAUUGACUGAAAGAUGAGUGCUGGUGGUUUAAAGAAAAUGUUGGCUUCGGCCGUCGUAGUAGGGGUCACUGAAGCUCGAGCAAGAAUAUUUGGACAGAUACUCAACCCAACGGGACAGAGAUCACCCCAUAAGCUCUUACGCAAAAAGCUCAUCGGGGACAAGGUUGCAGAAUGGUACCCAUACGACAUCAAGAACGAUGAUCCGCAUGUCAUGGCGCGUGAAGAAGAAGAGCGCUUAUCGAAGCUUGAAUCGUUGAAGAGACGUGGUAAGGGACCACCGAAGAAAGGCCAAGGAAGACGUGCCGCUAAACGCAACAAGUAGAGGUAAUCAAUCGGUUAAUCACAUGAGAUGGUUUUUGUUUUGACUUCAUAAAUGGCUGUUUCUUUAAUGCAGUUAGCCAUCUUGUUGGACAGUUUGUUGGCAUAUGUUAGAAUUAAAAUCAAACCGAAUAUAUUUGAUUGUUUACUUGAACCAAAAUUAAAUUGAACUUAACAAACGCCUAACUGAAUACUAUGGUUUAAAUUUGAUUAUGGUAUUUUUGCUGUGCCCAA